AUGUCUUCAGUUAAAUUGGCUCCAAAGGAAUUCAAAAAGGACAAGGACUUUGCACAUGCUCUCCAUGGUAAAACUGCUACCGAGAGUACCGGUCUUGGAGCGUUGGCUCACAAGAAUAAAGAGGCUGAACAGGCCGCUUUGGAUGGCUAUUUCAAGCAUUGGGACGGAAAGACUGAUAAGGAUUCCGAGCAAUCUCGUUUGGAUGAUUAUUCCAGUUUGACCAAGCAGUAUUAUAACUUGGUGACAGACUUUUACGAGUAUGGAUGGGGGUCAUCGUUUCAUUUCUCCACCUUCUACAAAGGAGAACCUUUCCAUCAAGCCAUCGCUAGACACGAGCACUAUCUAGCUUUGAAGAUGGGCCUUAAAGAGGGGAUGAAGGUUUUGGACGUUGGCUGUGGUGUUGGAGGUCCUGCCAGAGAGAUCUGCAGAUUCACUGGGGCCAGUAUCGUUGGUUUGAACAAUAACGAUUACCAAGUUGAAAGAGGACAGCACUAUGCUCACGUUGCAGGUCUUGACGACAAGUUGAAGUUUGUCAAGGGUGAUUUCAUGCAAAUGGAUUUUGAGCCGGAGAGUUUCGACGCUGUUUAUUCUAUCGAGGCCACUGUUCAUGCCCCAGCAUUUGAAGGUGUGUAUGGAGAAAUUUACAAGGUGUUGAAACCUGGAGGAGUAUUUGCCGUCUAUGAGUGGGUUAUGACCGACAAGUAUGAUGAAAAGAAUCCUGAGCACCGGAAAAUUGCUUACGGUAUUGAGAUUGGUGAUGGUAUACCAAAGAUGUACAAGAGGGAAGUCGCCGAAAAGGCCCUCAAGACGGUUGGAUUUGAAAUCACCUAUCAACAUGAUCUUGCUGACGACUACCAUGAGGUUCCUUGGUAUUAUCCAUUGAGCGGAGACUGGAAGUACAUCAAAUCUUUACGUGAUGCCAUUACCUUCUUCAGAACUUCAUACCUUGGAAGAAAGCUUACCACUACCUUUGUUAACACCCUGGAAGCUGUGGGUAUUGCACCAAAAGGAUCUAGCAAAGUUACUGAUGCUUUAGAAGAAGCUGCAGUUUAUUUGGUAGAAGGUGGUAAACAGAAGUUGUUCACACCAAUGAUGUUGUUUGUUUGCAAGAAGCCAGAGAAUUGA